UUUUUGUUUUUUUAUUCUUUCUUCUUUCUCUACCUUUUUCUCUACUUGGCAACCAAACAAAGUGUAUGAAAUGUCGGCAUUAGAGUGGCUGAAGAAAUUGGUUAUCAGACUUCCACGCUGUAAAACCCUUCCCCUUCCCCUUCCCCUUCCCUUCCCGAGGGUUUAGGGCUCAAGUGCGAGCGACAGCGUUGUUCGUUUCGUCUGACUAACGUAAGGAAAUCUCCAGCAACCAAUGGCACCAAAACAACCACUUCUUCGUUGCAUUUUGUUGAUUUCUAAUCGAUUCUGAAUCAAUCAGUUGAUCCAUAAUCAGUUAUCAACUUUCGAAGGAGUGAUGAAUUUAAAAGUUCGUUCUCUUCUUCUGCUCGCUUUGGUCAUCCUUUGCUUUCCCGGAGUUUUCCCGUUAGGACAUGUUACACUCAAGUCCAUCCAGAUUUUUAAUACCCAUGAAUGGUUUAUCGCCCAUGAAUGGUUUAUUGCCAAGCCUACAGUCUAUUUUCAGUGUAAAGGAGAGGACAAGAUAAUUUUACCUGACGUGAAGGAAGCACAUGUUGUAUAUACUUUCAAGGGUGAAGAAUCUUGGCAGCCUCUUACAGAGCUUCCUGAUAAGAAAUGCAAACGGUGUGGGUUGUAUCAGAUGGGCACCCUGAAAUCAGAUGACAUAUUUGACGAGUGGGAGUUUUGUUCUUCUGAUUUCAUAGAUCCUGAUGGGAAUUAUGCACGUUUCAAGGACAACGACUUCAAUGCUAAAUUUUAUUGUCCUCAGUGUGUACAUAUUAAAAACAGUUCUGAUCAUGCAUCUGCCUCACAUAAUUUAGCAAACACAGGAAAGGGGAUGGAUGUUCGCUUGAUUGUUCUAAUCAGUGCAAUGGUUCCAACUGUAUCAAUUCUUGGAGUGUUAGCUGCUUACAGAUAUUGGCCGUGGAGGAAGAGGGAGCAGCAUAAUGCACAGUUCCGAAAAGCUAUUUGAAGAUGGUGAUGACAUUGCCGAUGAAUUUGGUCUCGGACGAGUUUUAUGAAGAUGCUUACUUUGUCUCAUAUUAUUUGAUUCCACUCGUAUUUUUUGGAAUAUACACGAGGGAAAAUGUGUUUUUAGAAAAUGAGGGACAUUUUUAUGUUGUGAUUGGUUAGUGCCCGAGUCAUAACUAUUUAUAUGAAUUUUCACAAAUUAGACAAAAAUAACUGAAUAAGAAAAGACAGAAUUCUUUAAGCAUCUCCUUGUAAUUUUUUGUUGUUAGCCAUUUAAAAUGAAUUAGCAGCUGCUGCUUGUACAAAUUUUCGAGGGUGGAAAAACAAUCAAGGAAAGAUAUACUUUGAGAAGAUUGAAUGA